UGAUGCUUGGGCUGAGGCUGCUGCCCUGUCGCCAUUGAGCAAAGUUAAUUCCCCCCUCCCCGCUCUCCACAUACACACGAUCUCUCCUCCUCCUUCCCUCUACAGCAUAUGGUAAAGACGGUGCCAGCCGCACCAAACAAGUCACGCAGCCCAGCGCCGGGACGCCCGAGGGGAGCCGGGGGGUGCGGGGAGGCAGGAAGCCCGGGGGAUGCCGUCUCCCUGAGCCGCGACCGCGCCGCCGGAGGCCGAGGGACGGGGUGGCCCCGCCGGUAAGUUCCCGGGAGCUGAAGGCGCCGACGGCCGGCAGGUGACACCGCCCCGCGCACCCUGCGUAGCCCGCCGCGCCGGAGGGGGCAGGCGUGCAAGGUAUUACAUAGAGGAUGGAAAAACAGCCUAGGAAAUCAGCCUUCCCUCAUCUGUAUAUGGAGAACUGAAGAUUCUGUACAGUGUUGUGUUCUUUUUUGAAUACAGUUCAGGAGACACUGUCAACAUGAAUGCCACUGACAAUGGGGUCAAUAGUCUCUGUGCAAUAUGUGGAGACCGAGCGACUGGAAAACAUUACGGUGCUUCAAGCUGUGAUGGAUGCAAGGGAUUCUUUAGACGCAGUAUACGGAAAAAUCAUGUCUAUACAUGCAGAUUUAACCGGCAAUGUAUUGUUGACAAGGACAAAAGGAAUCAAUGCAGAUAUUGUCGUUUAAAAAAGUGUUUUCGAGCAGGAAUGAAAAAAGAAGCUGUACAAAAUGAACGGGACAGGAUAAGCACAAGAAGAAACACUUUUGAUGGGUGCAACAUCCCCUCUAUUAGCACACUGUCACAAGCUGAGACACUCUCCCGUCAGAUCUCAAUCUCCAGUCCUGGUGCUAGCACUGACAUAAAUGUUAAGAAAAUUGCUGGUAUUAGUGAUGUCUGUGAAUCUAUGAAGCAACAACUUUUGGUCCUGGUGGAAUGGGCUAAAUAUAUUCCAGGCUUCUGUGAAUUACCACUGGAUGACCAGGUUGCCUUGCUAAGAGCACAUGCUGGGGAACACCUGUUGCUUGGGGCAGCAAAACGGUCCAUGGCAUAUAAGGACAUUUUACUUUUAGGCAACAAUUACAUAAUCCAUCGCAACAGUACCGAAGUAGAGAUCAGCCGAGUGGCAAAUCGGAUUCUAGAUGAAUUAGUCCGACCCUUCCAGGAAAUUCAAAUAGAUGACAAUGAGUAUGCUUGCUUGAAAGCGAUCGUGUUUUUUGAUCCAGAUGCAAAAGGCUUGAGUAAUCCAAUGAAGAUUAAGAACAUGAGGUUCCAAGUCCAAAUCAGUUUAGAGGAUUAUAUUAAUGACCGUCAGUAUGACUCCCGAGGAAGAUUUGGAGAACUUCUGCUUCUACUGCCUACACUUCAGAGCAUCACUUGGCAAAUGAUUGAGCAAAUACAGCUGGUUAAACUGUUUGGAAUUGUUAAAAUCGACAGUUUGCUUCAAGAAAUGUUACUGGGAGGUACUUCUAAUGAUGCUAGUCAUCUACAUCAUCCAAUACAUCCUCACUUAGCCCAAGAUCCAUUAACGGGCCAAACUAUCCUUAUAAGUUCCAUGUCUGCUCCUGUACAUACAGAACAGAUUUCAACUCCAGAAACUCCAUUACCUUCCCCUCCUCAAGGGUCUGGGCAAGAAUAUAAAAUGUCUGCAAAUCAGGCUUCAGUCAUUGCACCGCAAUCAAUUUUGAAACAAAAACCAUUGUGAUAAUGUUUCUGUCUCUGCCUUCCUUGUCUUUCCUCCCUCCCUCCCUCCCUCCCUCCCUUCCUUCUUUCCU